AUGACAUCUAUGACCGGCAUCGCGGAAGUCCUGAGUGUUUUACUACUCCUUCUGUUGUUUAAGGUUUGUCUUUUCAUGCAAAAUUGGACCGAUUCACGAAACUUAGUGCGCCUGCAGUACAUAUACCGCCUUUGGUUUCAUCCUUUGGCAAGGUACCCUGGACCUUUGCUAGCACGAGCUUCAAGAAUUUGGAGUGCUUCUGCGGCACGAAAGUUGCGCAAGGCCCAGGCGGUUCAAGACGCCCACCAACGUUAUGGACCCGUCGUUCGCAUUGCUCCGGACGAGCUAUCCUUUGCCGAUCCGAGCACCCUAAAAGCAAUAUACGGUCAUGGCAGCCGACUGCCCAAAACAGAGUUCUAUACUGGGGGAAAGUUUACGGAAGUCGAUAAUGUCUUCAGUAUGAGAGAUAUUCAUCAGCAUAGUGGUCGACGCGCAGUGAUGGCUCCAGUUUUCUCGCACAGAUUCGUGGCGAGCUAUGUCCCUGCGAUGUACGAAAAACUCUCCCAGACAUUCAACAUGAUGGCUACCCUCUCUGCAAACGGUACAAAGCCAGUGGAUGUCUACCAUUGGGUUCACAACUUCGCACUCGAUGUUGUUUUUCAUUUCACCCUAAACCACGAGAGUGGUACCCUGAAAACAGGCAAGCCCCACGCGGUCAUCAGAGACUUGGAAGAUUUUCAAUCAGUCUUUGCCUGGACUGCACUUUUCCCACCGCUACGUAACCUUGGCAGGUUUGUGCCCAUUCAGGCAGUGAAAAGACCUUUCAUUUCCUUGCAUAAGUGGAUACAUUUUUGCCUCGACAUUGUAGCUCGAGAACGAACUACAGACAUGAAAGCCAGUUUUGUAAGCCGGUUGUUGGAGAACGAAGACGCCUAUCUUGAAAGAAAGCUGAAUGAUCUCGAAGUUGCGGAGGAGUUGAUUGGUAUAAUGUUCGCUGGGUCCGGAACCGCCGCAAACACAAUCUCAUUUCUCAUUUGGGCAGUGCUUGAGAACCCUCCUAUCCGCGAAAAGUUGGUGGCAGAGUUGGAGCGACAAGUUCCCCCCGGUAUUAUUCCCAUGUACGAGGUCGUCAACAAGCUCCCAUAUCUGAAUGCAGUUAUCAUGGAAACAUUGAGGAGAUGGCCAACCAUUCCCGGUCUCCAGCCUAGGAGAGUUGUGGGAAAAGAACUGGUUGUCGGCGAUUAUAUCAUUCCUGCGGGUACUGUUGUGGGAUGUCAGAACUACACUGUUCACCUGGACCCGGUCACCUUCCCUGAGCCUGAAAUAUUUGAUCCAGAGCGUUGGCUUCAGCCAGACACCUCUGCACAACAUGCAGCUUUCAAUGGUUUUGGGACUGGACCAAGAGCAUGUAUUGGAAGAAAUCUUGCGUUGAUCGAGUUGCAGCUUUUUACGGCUGCCUUUUUCCUGCGCUUUGAUGCUAGAGUUGCUGAUACCUUGGAAGAGAAAGAUAUGGAAUUGACGGAUGGAUUUAGUGGAGGGCCUGCUGGCAAGUCGUUACCGCUAUAUCUAGUAGAGAGGAGUAAGACUUAG